CUACGCCUCUGCGCCGCACAUUUAAAGAAAAAACACGACAUCAAAGUUCAGUGAUAAAAUAAGCACUUUGUAUACUACAAUACUCUUGUAAUUUCCUAAAUAAAGAGUUUGCAGUACCUUGUUGAUUUUGCGUAUGAAUUGUUAUAAAUCAGGAUAUUGUUCUAUAUUUUUUAUUUAAAAAAAAAAAAAUCGAUCGUAGAGCACUAUAUCGUGAUGUAUCGUGAAUGAAUCACAGCAGGCUUUAAGAUAUCGGCAAAUAUCGUAUCGUGUACUUUGUAUCGAUAUUAUAUCGUAUCGUGACAAAACCCGCGAUUUACACCCCUAGUAUCGAUGAAUCGUUACACCCCUAAAAAACAAGGAAUAAAACACCAGACGAGUUUUAACAUAAAUGUUUAUUUAAUAAUAAUAAUAAAAAUAAUAAAAAACAACAAAAGUUAAUUUAAAACCAAAAUUUCACCCCUAGUAUCGAUGAAUCGUUACACCCCUAAAAAACAAGGAAUAAAACACCAGACAAGUUUGAACAUAAAUGUUUAUUUAAUAAUAAUAACAAAAUAAUAAAAAAUAACAAAAGUUAAUUUAAAACCAAAAUUUCAAAAAAUAUAUAAAAAUAAAAGAAAUGAAGCAAAAACCCAGUGGGUUAAAUCCUCAAGCGUGAUGAUCAUGUCAUGAUCGUGCCAAAAACCGUUACCGUUUACAACAUAACUGUUGAUAAGGCAACAAUCCCCGAGAGAAUUAUGUAACGCUAUUCUGACUGCUUAUUCCAAUAAUAUACACAGGUAAUCAGUAAAGUCACUGUUAUGAGCAUUUAGGUGAUAAAAGUGGAGGAGGUGUGCAUGCUUCAGAAAACACAAUGAGCGAUAAGGUGCCGGAAGAGCAGAUUAAGACCGCACUGCAACGGUUUUGUCUGACAGAAAGUCAGCUGUGUGAACCGGCUAUUGUACAAAGUCCAAGUUUGUCCCUAAUCAAAAUACUUUUAACCCUUACCUACUCUUCUAACUUGAUGAAUUUCAAAUUUCUGUCACCCUAAAAUAUGAUGACUAUAUUUAAAAUUGUCAUCAUUUGAAACGUAAUGACUACAUUUAAAAUGAUCAUUUGGGCACACUGACAGGCUGUUCUAAAUUAAAUUGUCAAUUUAAAACCAAAUUCUUAACACAAUUUAUGAAAAAUUAAUAAAUAAAUAAAAGUAUCAUUUGGGCACACUGACAUGCUUUUCUUAAUCAAAUCGUGAAUUUAAAAAAAAAUCUUGACACCAUUUAUGGGAAAUGAAUCGACUGCUUGUUGAUGAGAUCAAGUGGGAGGGUAUUAAACUUCUUUGUGUUGGCUGAAUAAAAUUCUUCCGUCAGGUGGUUGUAUUUACCUAAGCAGAAUUCCCUGGAAGGGUGCUCACGUCAUGUCACAUGUGGCUCAAGGACACGCGUCUUUAAGAGUCGCUUGCUACUCAGCAGCAUUCAGAACACGCCUCAGCCGGCUCUGCAAUAACUUCCCAUGGACACCCGAGUGCCUUCGAUCAUGUCUCAAAAUGAAGAUCUGGAGUGUGUGGUGUGUUUCUACAACUACUCGCGCAGCGAGCGGAUCCCACGCAUGCUGCACUGCAGUCACACCUUCUGCGCUCCAUGUCUGGAGAAACUGACCAACGUGAACGGCGUGAUCCAGACCAUCUGCUGCCCACUGUGCCGCUGGGUCACCUGCAGUGAGACCAGUCUGACCCUGCCCGGGGCCUUGUGGGUCAAUACCGAGAUCUGGGAUGAGAUAGCAGUAAAGGAGCAGAAGAAGAUCAGGACGAGGACGAGCGAAAAUUCUGUGGAGGUAUCGAACAAGCUCAUCAGGCCAAUGCUCUUGGAUUCCAAGCACAUUGCUCUCAAGUCUACACUCCAAAAACUGUUCAACUGUAUUGCAGUGCAUGAGCAACAUUUGCAGGCCACUGAUGUUUCCAAUGUCUUUUGACUUCCAUUUGGAUCAAGCCCAUGUUUUUCUUUAGUUUUUUAUUCAACUUGUAUAUAGUCUUUUAAGAAAUGAAAUUACCGUUUUUUUCCAUGUAUAAUGCGCAAAAUUUAACUAAUUUAUUGUCCUAAAAUUUGGGGUGCGCAUUAUACAUGGAUACAAAAAAAAAAAAAAUUUUUUUUUUUUUUUUUUAAAUCCGGAUAUGAUACGGAGGCCGCCAUUACAGAUGCGCUUUCUUCUCUGCUGUUCACUUCAAACACGCUCCAUACAAACACAAUGCUCUCGUAUCAGACGCUUGCUCGAUCACCUGCUCGUUUGCUGUCACAAUGUACCCUACACAAAUUCGAAACAUUUCUUCGCUAUCGAGUUUGCUAGCGCAUGCGCAGUGAUACUGACCGGCAGAAUAACAUCCGGUUGUUCCCAAAGAUGAUCUUUUUUCUGAAAUAAUUUUACGUUUACGGACUUAAGUAGGAGUCAAAAUUUGGGUGCGUAUUAUACAUGGGUACAGGCUUUUUUCCAGCAUCAACAUGCCAUUUUUAGGGUGCGUAUUAUACAUGGGGGCGCAUUAUACAUGGAAAAAAACGGUACUGUAAACCAACAAGCAAACAUACUGUUUACUUAUUAUUUAUACAUGUUUAUUGUUGUAUGCCAUUGUCUACCUACACUUAAGUCCAUCAAAAAGAAACUUAACUGUCAUGUGAAUUUGUACUUUUCUGAAUGGUGCUUAAAUAAAAAAUACUGUGAAUA